UCUGUUUGUCGACGCGCCUCUGUGGUCUACAAUUGGCCGUGUGGUAUAUUGUCGUGCAUCAUCAUCGUCAUUGCGUAUCUUACUGUACGGGUGCUGCGUUGGUCUUUACCUAUGUAAUAGCGUGUCGAUGACAAAAUGCCGCAAGCUGAUGCUGUUUCCCGUUUAGUAUUGCAGGCAGGAAGGGCCCAAAUGGAACACAGUGGAGUAGAGUAGUGCUUAGAUGAGAUUUGAUGUUGCCGCUGUUGUCAUUACAGUUGCUGAAAGUGUUGCUAUAUUACGAAUCUCCUAAAUCCAUCGCAUCCUUCGUUGUUGACGUACUGUAUAAUAUGCAAACGUGGUAACAAUUGCUAAGAAAAGUUUCCAACAAAAGGGUAGGCGAUUUCUGAAGUGGGGUGUACCUGAGCGGAUGACAGGACUUCGUGGUAAAAUACUUGCUUUCGAGUGCUGAUGAGCAUUCGCUCAAGUGCGGCAUUCACCAGGAAACGAUUUGUGUCAGGACAGGCAGCGAUUAUUGCCUGCUUAGAGUUCUGGAUUGAUAGCUUUGCCCGCUAAGCGUGAGGAUUCACCGAGGUUUUGCAAAUCGCUGGCUCCCGAGGAGCGUCUCCACGGACAGACCAAUUGCCAAACAGCAUGACUCAAACAGAUUGUAUUGAGGCCUCGUCAACAGUAUCCGCCUUAGAGCUCACACCAUGGAGUCAGACUCCGGCGCAGGACAUCCCUCAACGGGAAUACAUUGAUGAGGACCUCAACCAUCCAUCACCACCCUUUGACAUCAACUCAGCAGUCAACUCGAAACUUGCAGUAUUCCAGGGCGACUUCUGCAAUCUUCUAGUCGACGCGCUCAUUAAUCCUACAAAUGAACACCUCAACGAUAAAAACGCCUUUUCCAAGAGACUUGUCGAGAGAGCUGGACCACAGCUAAAAAAAGAUCUGCAGUGUGAUAUAAAAUCAUGUCGUACUGGCGAAGCGAGGAUAACAUCAGGUUACGAUCUUCUUUGCCAAUACGUAGUCCAUACGGUGGGCCCAAAGUAUCAGCAACGAUAUCUUUCAGCAUCCGAGAGUGCGUUGUAUUCAUCCUAUCGAAGCAGUUUAUCUCUCAUGAAAGAACACAACAUAUCCACUUUGGCUAUUCCUCCACUUCACUCUUCAAGGAGGGGCUUCCCACCGGUCGAAGGCGCACACAUUGCUCUACGAACUAUCCGAAGGUUUCUGGAGGAGUUCGUUCAGGACCCAUGCGUGCAGCGUAUAGUUCUUCUUUUGGAUAAGGUCGAUCUGGAAAUCUAUUCGCUACUUCUACCACUGUAUUUUCCCCGUACAAAGGCCGAGCAGCGACGCGCUAUGCAUGGCUUACCCAGGGAUCUCGGAGGCAAGCACGGCGAGCCCGUUAUACCGGAGCGACAGAUUCGCAUACAAGAUACACCCUUCUUUCGCACAGGGGAGAAUCCACCUGAUUUUGAAGAUCUUGACAUGUCCGUAUGUGUGGGCAAAUCGUCAUUUGCCCGAAUGCAACACGAUGUUGAUAACAAGCGGAAAUAUCGUCAGCAUGAAGCGGACAGUCUAACCUCUGAGGUGUCUCGCAAGAACCGUUAUGAACGUCUUUUAAGAAAAGCAAAAGAAAUGGAUUUCCGCGAAAUCCGCGAGGCCAACAUUAUUUACCGUUCUGGUGUGGACAAAUUCGGAAGGACCGUGUUCAUAUUUGUCGGAAGGAAUUACGCUCCGAAAGAGGUCUCCUUUGAAGCGCUAUGCUGCUAUAUAAUCCGUUUGAUGGACAAGGAGGUUGCCCAGCCGUUCGUAGUUGUCUAUCUACACUCCUGCACCGGCAACCGUAAUUACAUGUCAUAUACACAACUGCGAGAGUUCUACCAGACGCUGGACUACAGAUAUAAGAAGAAUCUCCAGCUGAUGUACAUCGUCCAUCCUACACUUUGGAGCAGGCUAAGCAUGUGGUGGUUUACGACAAUUACAACGUCUGGACUGUCGCGCAAGGUUCGUCUCCUGGGUGGAAUUGAGUACCUUUAUUUAAACAUCUCUCCGGAUCAACUAAAUGUGCCUCAGUUCGUAUUAGACUACGACUAUUCGGUAAACGGGGCGCGAUACUAUGACUUCAGCCCACAACCACCGGCUAAUUCCGAUGACACUCGAGAAGAGAACGGAAGCGCGCCAACUACGCACCGAAGCUGUUCGACGGGAACAGCUGCGUGCCAAACAAUCCUCUAAAGUAGCCGGAGCCGCUAAAGUUGAUGAUGAUGGAGAUCCACACGAAUCUUCUAUUACUUCGUCACUUUUGGGUGGAGAAAACACGGAAAA